CUCGCGUUGCCACUGUAGCUGUGUCUUCUUAAGUUGGAAUUGCUCCAAUAAAAUCCCUUAUUUCUCCCUUCCAAUAUGCCGCCCAAAGGCAAGCAAGCCACGAAAGGCCAAAAGCAAAUAGUGGAAGAAAAUAAAUCGACGCUGAGGUUUUACUCUUACAUCAUUGCCGUAGUGUGUUUAUUUUAUUCCAUUGUGACAUAUUACUUCUUCUGGGAGAAAUUCACUGCCUCGUACUGGGUCAUGCCUGUGAUUUCGUUCCUGAUCUAUCUCGCUUGCUACAAGUUCAUGUCGUACAUGUCACGGCCUGUUUACGGGGAGACGGGGCACCUGAUUGAUGGAGGAACAGAUCUCAACAUGGAGGCAGGCAUGGCUGAGCAUGUAAAGGAUUUAAUUCUUCUAACGUCCAUCGUUCAAGUGUUAUCAUUGAUAUCAAAUUACUUCUGGAUUCUCUUGUUAUUGGCCCCAGGGCGAGCAUUUUACCUCCUCUGGGUGAAUAUCCUCGGUCCCUGGUUCUUCCAAGAGGCGCCCGAGGUUGAUGAUAAAAAACAGAAGAAGAUGGAGCGAAAAAUGAAACGGCAGCAGCGUUCAUAGGAAUAGGUGGAUGUAAAUAGUUGUAAUUAUUAUAAGGAUGUGUCCUCUCUGAAUGUUCGUUUAAGAAUUAUUUGAUGACUUCAUUUUUACCCUCAUAGGAAUAGGGUAUAUCAGUCAAACCAUCAGUAUUUUGCAUCACUACUGUGGACACCUUUUAUACAAUAAUAUAAAAGGUUAUGUGAAUAAGAUAUGAGGAUGUUUAUCAUGUCGUACAUCUACCGGUGAGCACAAUGGCCCCUUGCUUCUUGAAUUACCUAUUGUCCUAAAUUUUAAGCGUUAUUGUGUUCUGGUAUGUCUUUUUGUAUUGAAAAUAUACUUCAGAAAUAAAAAAUUUGAGA